AGGAGGCCCAGUCUCCUGUCUUGUCUCCCAGGCACCGCAUCUCUCGCUCCUUCCUUAGGUCCCACCUCCAGCAAAGAGUCCAGCAAGACAACAUGCCUCCCAAGAAGCCAGAGCCUAAGAAGGAGGCAGCUAAGGCCCCAGCCUCAGCCCCAGCCCCUGCCCCAGCCCCAGCCUCAGCCCCUGAGCCACCAAAGGAACCUGCUUUUGACCCCAAGAGUGUAAAGAUAGACUUCUCUGCUGACCAGAUUGAAGAGUUCAAAGAGGCCUUCUCAUUGUUUGACCGGACCCCGGCUGGAGAGAUGAAGAUCACCUAUGGGCAGUGCGGCGACGUACUACGGGCCCUGGGCCAGAACCCCACCAACGCGGAGGUGUUGCGUGUCCUGGGCAAGCCCAAGCCUGAAGAGAUGAACACCAAGAUGCUGGACUUCGAGACGUUCCUGCCCAUCCUGCAACACAUUUCCCGCAACAAGGAGCAGGGCACCUAUGAGGACUUCGUGGAGGGGCUGCGCGUUUUUGACAAGGAGAGCAAUGGCACGGUCAUGGGCGCUGAGCUUCGGCAUGUCCUGGCUACCCUGGGAGAGAAGCUGACUGAGGCCGAAGUGGAGCAGCUGUUAGCUGGGCAAGAGGAUGCCAAUGGCUGCAUCAAUUACGAAGCCUUUGUCAAGCAUAUCAUGUCUGGGUGAAACAGACUCCUCCAGGGUGUCUGGCCCUUGGCUUUCGCUAUCCUAGGGUGAAUUAGCGAGAGGCCCAGAAUAACUGAACUGGAGCUGGAGUCCUGGACCUGUGACUGCACCACAGCCCCAAGGACCUCAUGUCCCACAGCCUUUCCUGUAAAUAAACAGCCAAGA